UUAUCCAAACAAUUUAUUGGAAUUUGUGCCUUUCCACCUGCCGAAGACAUGCUCUGCCACUUUGUUCUCGCAUUUUCUCCAAUUAAAAACUUUCUUGGACUAAUUUUUUUAAUCAGUUUAAUUAAUCAUCAGAGAAUUCUUUACAGAGGACGGGCAACUACUGCCAGUACAAAUCAUGGUUCAGGAAGAGGAUAAAGGUUCCCAUUGCACUUAGUUUCAAUCAUUCUGGGGCUUUCCAUUUGGCUAUAUUCGUUUGGAUGGAUGAUUCUGGAGAGUGUUAAGCUCAGAUUUAGUGCUUAAAGAUUAGCUACCUGUUUUUCUGUCAAUCUGGAUGUUGAAAGUGUGUACCCACUUGGGUUUUUUUGGUAUUUUUGUGGCAUUUUUCAGUAACGGCACACCUAGUUUGCUAUACCCAUUUGAUGAACAAAUGAGUUGUAGUGUUAGUAUUGCUUGGUAUCGAUUUCUGUGAUCAAUGCAGCUUGGAUAUUAGGGAUCACUGCUGUAAUGCAGAUGGAUGAAUUGGGUGGCUCUAAGCAAGAGGAUCAAUUAUGUUUGCCUUCAACUUCUGAUGCUGCCCUUCAACAGGGUAUGCACAUUUUGUAUAGAGACACUAAUGGGUAUGUUUUAUCUGUGGAAAGAGGUACUUCUGCAUCAGAAACUCAUCAUAAGUGUGAUCUGGAGAGUGGUAUUAGGGUCUCUGAACCAGAGGAUAGUUCAUUUCUGGCUUCAACAAGAAGAUUUUAUGGAAAUGUUGGGGGCAGUUUGAGCUUUAGUCAGAGAGUUGAUAGAUUAAUAGAUGGGUAUGCAUGUAAUAGUGGUGUUCAAUAUGGGGUUUCUUGUGGUUGCCAGCAGAAAGAAGUUAAGGAGGGCUUUUUGGAGUCAGCUGCUUCUGAUAUGAAGAAAGAGGGGUUUCAUGAUUCAGUUCUGAUGAUAGCAGGAAAUGCAAUUUCUGGGAGUAAUGAGAAUAUUAGGUAUGGGAAUGACAAUGGGAGCCUGAAACCAGGCUGGAAAAAGCCUCCUAGGCCCCCCAGAUCAUCCACAGAUUCAGCAAGAGAGAGACAUAUGAAGGGCAAUUCUGAUAGAGCUUUGCUAAGAAGAGCCAGAUUGGAGAGAAUGAAAAUUUUGAAAAAGCAGAAGGUUGGGAAGCCCUCUUCUACUAAAACCACUCUCUGGGCUCUGCUAUUUACAGUUUUCUUCUUUGCUAUCGUGAUCACUCAAGGUAUACAUUCGCUAAGGACUGUUAGCCCACAAGAUUCUUCAACAAAAUUAGCUGUAUCAAAUUUUAGCGAAUUGGGGCAGACACUAGGAUUGGGCAAUUUCUCAGCUCCUUAUCCUCCUCUUCAAAACAGAGGAAAUACCAUGAUAGAAACAACUGGACGAAACAAAACGAAUUCUUCUAAAAGGUGAUAAGGAUGCCUGACUGUAGAACCAGAUCUGACAUAUGACAUGUAAAGGUAGCCUCAUCUUGUUGGCACAAACAUCCAAUUUUACAUGUCACAGAAAAUUUUCAGCUUGACAGUUUGAAUGUAAACUUGAUACAGAAAAAAUUGAACCUACCUGGUAAUCUGAAUUUUAUGGUAACAAUCUAGAGGGGAGGAGCGUUGUCCUUGCUAACUCAAUAUGGACACAAGGUUGUAGUCUUAGAAGGGACCAAGAAAUUGAACACUACCUACUGUAACACUCCAAGAAAAUAUGGUUGCUGUGUGAAUAAAAUUCCUUUUCUUUCUGGCAGUGCAAAAAUCA